CCAGAGACAGAGUAGAAAAGGAAGCCAGGAACCUGUCAGCCUCGUGUUCCCUUUCGUUCCUUCUGCUUCUGCCAUAGCACGGUGGCUCCACGCCCCUCUCCUUGUGCUUCGUGUGUGUCUCCCUCGCUAUAAGUACACAGCACUCUGUCUCAUAGACACACCAAGAAACAUCAGUGGUUGUCACCUGCGAAGACACUGCAACUGCUUGUAGGAUGGCCAUGGAGAAGGCUUGGAAAGCGAGAGAUGUCGCUGGUGCUUUCAACAUUGAGGUGGUGGAUGAAGAGGAGGAUGCUGUGCCGGCGAUACCGCCGCCGCAGACGCCGUUGGAGCCCAUGGAGUACCUGUCGAGGUCGUGGAGCGUGUCGGCGUCGGAGAUUUCCAAGAUUCUUAUCAGCGGGAGCAAGAAGAGCGGCGUUGCAGCGAGCCGGCUGCCGGAGAUGGCCAUACCGGAGGACUCCGUGCUUGCGACGUCCAUCGUUCCUCUUCCGUGUCAUCAACAGCAUAUGGACACAAGAAGGAAUUCCAUGAGCAGACACCACCAAUCGAUCGGCAAAUGGUUCCAAGUCCACUUCCAAGUCCACCACAGGGAAACGUGCCGUGUCAAGCAGAGCGGCAAGGAGAAGCAGCGCGCUGAGAAGGCUCACGUGCACGCCACGGUGUCCGUGGCCCGGGUCGCGGCCGCGGUCGCCGCCGUCGCGGCAGCCACGAGCUCCGACAUCCAGACCUCCAAGAUGGCCGCUGCCAUGGCGUCGGCCACUGAGCUGUUAGCUUCGCACUGCGUCGAGGCAGCUCAGCACGCGGGGGCGCGCCAUGAGCAGGUGGCCUGCGCCGUAGAGGCCGCGGUUGGCGUCAGAAGCCCCGGUGAUCUGAUGACGCUCACGGCAGCAGCGGCAACCGCUCUACGAGGAGCUGCGACGCUGAAGCAGAGAGUGCAGCGAGAGACGAGGAGCAAUGCAAGUGUUCUUCCGUACGAGCAGGGCCGUUCUUGGAGCCCUGAUAUAUGGUGCAAGGAGGGGGAGCUGCUGAAACGCACAAGAAAAGGUACUGUAAAAAGGGAUUUACACAGGUACCGAGUAUCUAUCUACAUCAACAAGAGGUCUCAGGUCAUGCUGAAGCUGAUAAGCAAACACAUAGGAGGUGCACUCUCAAAGAACAACAAGAGUGUGGUUUACGGCGUAUACAGUGACCUUCCAACUUGGGCUGAGCCAGGGAAGGACUCCAUGGAGGAGACAUGCUGCUUCGGCCUGAGCACGGCACAGGGCCUGGUAGAGUUUGAGUGUGAGAGCAGCAUUAGUAAACAGAAGUGGGUAGACGAUGUGCAGAACCUGCUUCGUCAAGCUGCUCUAGAUGACAAUGUAGGAAAUAAACUGGGAUCACUAAUGCUCAGCUAGUUCAGAUUUAUACAACCAUCUUCGUUGUGGCAGAUGGUGUGUUAUAGAAUGUGCCUUACAUCACCAAUGUAAGGGGUACAUAUUGAUGGUGCUCUAGUCAGGAAUUGUAUACUGUACUACAUACAGAAUAUGACGGGCUAAGAAUAGAUUAUAUAUUUUGUCUA